UUGCAAUUGAACUUAAAAACUAAUACAAAACUAAAAAAUGAUUGGGUUAUUUGGAUUCAGCUUAUUUAAUUUAGCAGUGGGGUUUUUGACCAGUUUACCACUCAUUUACUGGUUUCUAACAAAGAAUAACAAUUAUUGGAAGAAACUGGGAGUCAAAGGCCCGAAACCUAUUCCCAUUUUUGGCAAUUUCCUGGAAAGGUGUCAAAAUCCCGUUCCACUGCUUGAUGUCGAAUAUGUUAAGAAAUAUGGAAAUAUUUUCGGAAUAUUCAACGGUAGAGAUCCGACACUAAUGGUCGCCGAACCGGAACUACUCAAACAAAUUCUGGUCAAAGAGUUUCAUAAGUUUUCAAAUCGCCGGGAACUGAGGACAGAGCACCCGAUCAUCAAUAAAAACCUCUUCAACUCGAUGGGCGAGGACUGGAAACGCAUGCGAACUAUAAUGAGUCCCACUUUUUCGUCGGGAAAGCUGCGGAAAAUGUAUCAUUUGGUGGAGCAGUGUCUCGAGGAGUACCUGGGACACCUGGAUGUGAUGGCCAGGGAUGGCAAGUAUAUCAACGCCAAGCUUCUACAUCAGAACUUCACGUUUGAUGUGAUCGCGAAGUGCGCCUUCGCUACGAAAACCAACUCACAGAAGGAUCCCAACAAUAAAUUGGUGGCCGCCGGCCGUAAAGUCUUCAUAUUCAGCGCUAUUAAGAUGAUCCCGGCCUUUAUUUUCCCGAAAUUUUUAAACAAAAUGCUGAAUAUAAGGACUAAUUUGGUGGAGGCGCCCAAUGAAUUCAUAUUUGAUUUGACGAGACAUAUGCUGAAGAAGAGACGCGACGGCGAGAAAAGUAACGAUUUCUUGCAACUACUCAUCGACGCCAACGCCGCCGAUAAUAAUAAUAAUAAUAAUAAUAAUAACAACAAAGACCUGUCGGCCGAUAAGAUAGACUCCCAUCACUUCAUUGAAGGCGAAGACGAAAUCGAGGCCGCGAAGCAAACUUUUAACACGAAUUUCGCGAACAAAACCCUAACCGAGGAUGAGAUCAUAGCCCAGUCGUGGCUUUUCUUAUUGGCCGGCUUUGAGACAACGGCCACCACUUUAGGGCACUUAUCGUACGAGUUGGGUCUCAAUCCGGACGUCCAGGAGAAGCUCCACAAUGAGGUGAUCAAUGCGUUUGAUUUGGACGGAAAGAUCAAUUACGAGACCCUCCAGAGUCUGCCGUAUUUGGAUGCCGUCAUCAGUGAGACCCUGCGUAUGUAUCCGGCGUUGGCGCGACUGGAACGGGAGGCCGGCGAGGAUGUCAAGUUGGGCGAUACCGGGAUCACCGUAUUUAAGGGCCAAUUGAUCGAGAUUCCCGUCUAUGCCAUACACCGGUCGGAGAGGUACUACAAAAACGCCGACACAUUCACACCCGAGAGGUUUAUGCCGGAAAAUCGCAAGGAUUUGGUGCCCUAUGCCUACAUGCCCUUUGGCACCGGACCCCGCAAUUGCAUUGGUAUGCGGUUUGCCUUAAUGGAGAUCAAGCUCUGUAUCGCUCACAUCGUAAAGAGGUUUCGGUUCACGAAGUGCGCCGACACUGAAAUGCCCAUCAAAUUCAUGAAUCUAACGCCUUUGAUGACCGCCGAGAGUUUCUAACAAAGAAUAACAAUUAUUGGAAGAAAAUGGGAGUCAAAGGCCCGCAACCACUUCCCUUGUUUGGCAAUUUACUGGAAAGGUGUCAAAAUCCAGUUCCACUGCUUGAUAUUGGAUACGUUCAGAAAUAUGGAAAUGUUUUCGGAAUAUUCAACGGUACAGAUCCGACACUAAUGGUCGCCGAACCGGAACUACUCAAACAAAUUCUGGUCAAAGAGUUUCACAAGUUUUCAAAUCGCCGGGAACUGCGGACAGAGCACCCGAUCAUCAAUAAAAACCUCUUCAACUCGAUGGGCGAGGACUGGAAACGUAUGCGAACUAUAAUGAGUCCCACGUUUUCGUCGGGAAAGCUGCGGAAAAUGUAUCAUUUGGUGGAGCAGUCUCUGGAGGAGUACCUGGGACACUUGGAAGUAAUGGCCAGGGAUGGCAAGUAUAUCAACGCUAAGGUCCUCCACCAGAACUUCACGUUUGAUGUGAUCGCGAAGUGUGCCUUCGCUACGAAAACCAACUCACAGAAGGAUCCCAACAAUAAAUUGGUGGCCGCCGGCCGUAAAGUCUUCAUAUUCAGCGCUAUUAAGAUGGUUCCGGCGCUCAUUUUCCCCAAAUAUAUAAACAAAAUGCUAAAUAUAAGGACAUUGCUGGUGGAGGCGCCCAACGAAUUCAUAUUUGAUUUGACGAGACAUAUGGUGGAGAAGAGACGCAACGGUGAGAAAAGUAACGAUUUCUUGCAACUACUCGUCGACGCCAACGCCGCAGAUAAUAAUAAUAACAACAAAGACCUGUCGGAUGAUAAGAUAGACUCCCAUCACUUCAUUGAAGGCGAAGACGAAAUCGCGGCCGCGAAGCGAACUUUUAACACGAAUUUCGCGAACAAAACCCUAACCGAGGAUGAGAUCAUAGCCCAGUCGUGGCUUUUCUUAUUGGCCGGCUUUGAGACAACGGCCACCGCUUUAGGGCACUUGUCGUACGAGUUGGGUCUCAAUCCGGACGUCCAGGAGAAGCUCCACAAUGAGGUGAUCAAUGCGUUUGAUUUGGACGGAAAGAUCAAUUACGAGACCCUCCAGAGUCUGCCGUAUUUGGAUGCCGUCAUCAGUGAGACCCUGCGUAUGUACCCAUCGUUGGCACGACUGGAACGUGAGGCCGGCGAGGAUGUCAAGUUGGGCGAUACCGGGAUCACCGUACGUAAGGGCCAAAUGAUCGAGAUUCCCGUCUAUGCCAUACACCGGUCGGAGAAGUACUAUAAAAACGCCGACACAUUCACACCCGAGAGGUUUAUGCCGGAAAAUCGCAAGGAUUUGGUGCCCUAUGCCUACAUGCCCUUUGGCACCGGACCCCGCAAUUGCAUUGGAAUGCGGUUUGCCUUAAUGGAGAUCAAGCUCUGUAUCGCUCACAUCGUGAAAAGUUUUCGGUUCACGAAGUGCGCCGACACUGAAAUGCCCAUCAAAUUCAUGAAUCUAACGCCUUUGAUGACCGCCGAGAGUAUUACACUUGGCAUUGAAAAGCGGUAAAAGACCUCGGUGUUUCAUAACAAACAAAUUUCAUAAGCAUAUCAUUAGUCUUGAUAAGAAUUUUAUUAUUAACAUACAGUACUAACAUAGUAUAUCAUUGAUGUAUAAUAAGUCUGUGUACCGUAAUAUCAUUUAUCAGUCACACUUUUUUAUCGAUAAUAUAAAUAAAGCCAAUCAUUAUUACAAAAAAUAAAUGCACUUUUAAAAGUUGAUAUACA